UGAUAUGGGACGCGGACGCGGACGCACACACACAGACACACCCGCGCGCGGAGUCCGUUCGACUUUAUUUAAAGGAGACAACAUGGCACGCGCCGCAGCCAGCGCGCGAUCCGCCACCGUCGAGCUGGAGAUGCACAAGUCGGAAGAACACAGUAAAACCGUCCUGUUCACCAAGGAUAGGGGCUACUAUGUCACACGGAACCCCCGCUUAAAUAAGGGCAUGGCCUUCUCCUUGGAGGAACGCAUGCAGCUGGGCAUCCAUGGCCUCCUGCCACCCUGCUUCCUCAGCCAGGAUCUGCAACUGCUCCGGGUCCUCAAGAACUACCAGAUGAUAAAGGAUGACUUAGACAAGUACGUGUUUUUGAUGGACCUGCAGGACCGCAACGAGAAGCUCUUCUACAGGGUGCUCAUGUCCAACACUGAGCUCUUCAUGCCCAUAGUGUACACACCCACCGUGGGGCUGGCCUGCCAGCAGUACGGCCUUAUCUUCAGGAGACCCAGAGGACUGUUCAUCACCGUUCAUGAUCGUUUCCACAUCUCCACGCUGCUGCAGAGCUGGCCAGAGAAUGACAUCCGGGCUGUGGUUGUGACAGAUGGGGAGCGAAUCCUAGGCCUUGGCGACCUUGGCUCUUACGGCAUGGGCAUCCCAGUGGGCAAGCUGGCGCUCUACACCAUCUGCGGGGGUGUACCCCCCCAGCACUGCUUGCCUGUCAUGCUGGAUGUAGGCACUGACAAUGAGGCCCUCCUGAAUGAUCCCUUAUACAUUGGACUGCGGCAGAAACGGGUGCGAGGUCAGGCUUAUGAUGAUCUUGUGGAUGAGUUCAUGAAGGCUGUGACAGACAGGUAUGGGAUGAACUGCCUGAUCCAGUUUGAAGAUUUUGCCAACAUAAACGCUUUCCGUCUGCUCACCAAGUACCGCAACAAGUACUGCACCUUUAAUGAUGACAUUCAAGGUACUGCUGCGGUGGCGGUGGCAGGCCUCCUUGCUGCCCUGCGUAUCACUAAAACCAAGAUGUCGGAUCAUGUCAUCGUGUUCCAGGGUGCAGGGGAGGCUGCCAUGGGAAUUGCAGAUCUUGUCACCAUGGUGAUGGAGAAGGAGGGCCUCCCUGGAGAACAGUGCCUUGGGAAGAUCUGGAUGGUUGACUCCAAGGGCCUCAUUGUCAAGGGCCGAGAGCACCUGACACAUGAGAAAGAGAGGUUUGCUCAUGCACACGCCCCCAUGAAGAAGCUGGAGGAUGUUGUGAAAAGCCUGAAGCCUACUGCACUCAUAGGAGUGGCUGCCAUAGGUGGGGCUUUCACGGAGCAGAUUCUCAAGGACAUGGCGUCCUUCAAUGAAAGGCCCAUUAUUUUCGCCCUCAGCAACCCCACCAGCAAAGCAGAAUGCACAGCAGAGCAGUGCUACAGGGUCACCGAGGGACGGGGUAUCUUUGCCAGUGGGAGCCCCUUUGACCCUGUCACCCUUCCUGAUGGACGCCGGUUCUACCCCGGCCAGGGCAACAACUCGUACGUGUUCCCGGGUGUGGCGCUGGGCGUGAUCGCAUGCAGGAUGCGGCAUAUCACGGAUGAAGUCUUCCUCUCUACCGCAGAGGCCAUUGCUGAGCUGGUGACGGAGAAGGACCUGUCCGAAGGGAGACUCUACCCACCGCUCAACGAGAUACGAGAAGUGUCCUGCAAACUGGCAAUCAAGAUAGUGCAACACGCGUAUGAACACGGGAUGGCGACACUUAUCCCUGAGCCGGAGCACAAGGAGGCGCUGGUGCGCUCGCUCAUGUACAGCACAGACUACGAGGAGCUCGCUGCCAAUUCAUACAGCUGGCCGGAGGAAGCCACAUGCGUGCAGUCCUGCAAAUUAUGACCAGGCCGUGGCCCACGGUACCAGCUGCAUGUGUGCGGAGCAGCGGCCCCACAAUUAUGUUUUUUGCACCUGGGGAAAAAAAAAAAAAAUUGCAAUAGUGCUUUAAUUUAUUUUGCUAAAAUGGAAAUUUUUGUGAAAUGGCACCAAAAAUAUUAUGAAUCUGCUUUAUUUUCUUGUCAUAUUGAAUGAGUCAGCAUUUCAGCACAUAGUCAAUAAAUUAUUGGCAAAAAUACCUAAACCAUGUACAAUGCCUUGUUUUUUUAAUCCAAUACGCAUUUUACUGUAGACACAGGUGUGUGUGAUAACUGAUAAAGUUCUUUGAAUUUACGUUGUAAUGAUUGAGCCCACUGGAUGUUGGUAACCUAAAAAUGACACCGUGUAAUAAACGACACUUUCAUACCCUCUUUAAAUUAGAAGUCCUUUGUGUUUUACUGCAUUGUUUGAUGCUGAAAUCAUGGAAAUGAUCAUGUUACAAAAACAGCAUUACCUGUAGUGACAACUUGCAAUAUGCACUGAUGUUUGUUUAGGCCACAUGCGCUAUGAAUUUUGCCCCUAAAAUUUAAAGUUGUUUGUUGGGCUGAGCAGCAGGUGCCAUAGUGGUUACAGCUGCUACCUUUUGGCCUUGAAAUAACC